CCACUAAAACCAGGUCUAUAUAUUACACGUCAAUCUGCCUGAGGCGUGCGAUGUCGUUGUAUCAGCUUGUAGUACGCGAAGCAAUACAACGACAUCGAAGCAGCAGCAGCAGCAGCAGGGAUUUCAGCGUGAUGGCUGGGGAGGGAGCGAAGAAGGCCACGCCGGCUGCGCCGGAGGCGGAGAAGAAGGACGUUGCGGAGGAGAAGGCCGUCCUACCGCCGCCCCCGGGCGCUAAGGACAAGACGCCACCGGCCGGUGAUGAGUGCAAGGCUCUCAUCAUCGUCGAGAAAGUUGCCGAAAAACCUCGUGCUGAGAAGAAGAAAACACACAGGGGCUCACUUGAAAGAGAUGUUGCUCUUGCGAAGGUGGAAACGGAGAAGAGGGGCUCUUUGAUCAAAGCAUGGGAAGAGAACGAGAAGGCAAAAGCUGAGAACAAGGCCGCUAAGAAGUUGUCAUCUAUUCUCGCAUGGGAGAACACAAAGAAGGCAACCAUAGAUGCCCAGCUGAAAACGAAGGAACUAGAGUUAGAAAAGAAGAAGGCCGAAUACGCUGAGAAGAUGAAGAACAAAAAGGCAAUCGCCCACAGGGAAGCUGAAGAGAAGAGAGCAAUGGCAGUGGCUCGGCGUGGUGAAGAAGUACUCAAGGCCGAGGAGUUGGCAGCGAAGUACCGGGCGACCGGGCUAAUUCCGAAGAAACUCCUCGGGUGUUUUGGGGCAUAAGAAGCACACCUGAAUCUUAUGCGAUGGAGGAGGUGAUUUGGUCUGUGCAGUCGUUUUCUUGUUUAUAAUCUGAAAAUUCUCCUGUUUAUUGUGAUCUAUGUUUACUACUCUUCAUAUGAGGACAGAUUUUGGUAGUACAUAUAUAGCGUGCAUUGUUCGUGUUGUUGAGAUCAAACAUUUUGUUACACAUGCAGUUAGUAUUUUGGCUCUCGAGCAUCGACAGCUCCCUA